CACACUAGAAAGAGGUAUGUGUUCAAAUUAAAACCACGAGAAAGAAAAAAAAAACAACAAAAUUGUUCAGUACGAUAUUUAUACAUACACCCAUUGACAUAUUCCGUCUACCUACGUAUAGAGUGUGUUUUUAUAUUAGAUAGUGAACAUAUCUCUAACCUAUUCAAAAACUAAUAUAAGACCGUCUGAGACUAUAAAGAAAAAAAAAAUCGAAAUAAUUAUGUAUUUUUUAUUAAAAUAACGAUGCUAUUAAUAUACAACAACAAAUUAUCUACAUAAAAUAGAGAUGGAAACUAAUUUGAUUCUUAUACGACAAUCCGAUACUGUAAAUGUGCGACAAGAACAAAUAUCCUGUUUGGUAAUGGGUAAUACCAACACAAAAAAUAGCUUUCGCUCGAAUAUCGCGCUGUACGUUAAAACGAGACAUAAGAACCACAACCAUGCUUAUGUAUAUUUGAAAACGUGAAGCUUUUGUAUUGUGCCAUAAACGAACUACUUCUCAUAACGCAAACAGCUUCGGACUAAAACGAUUGAAAAAAAAAAUUUCAAAUCGCUUCGUUGAUUUUCGAACACUGUUGCAUCCGUUUUUUAUUAUACCUCUUGCAUUUACCGACGACAUAAUAAUAAAAACUUAAAAUCCCACCAUAAAAUAAUAACAAUAACAAUAAAAAUAAUUAUCUAAACAGUUUCGUCUAUUAUAAUUUUCGUUUUUUUUCUUUAAUAACUGCAAUUUAGUGAAUUAUUUAAAAAAAAAAAAAAUUUUAAGGAAAAAAAAAUAAUUUUUUUCUUCUAAAAUUUGGUCAAAUUGUGGUGUAUGUUGUUUGAUUGAGGUGACAAAAAAUAUUUUUUUUUGUUUUUAUAUUUGUUGUAUUUUGUAUCCGUUCAUAACUGUGUGGAACGACGGGUAUGACAUUCGCUGACUACGACCAUCGUCGCCGCCAUUACUAGAAUACGUAACCACGUGCUACAAAACCAUAAAAAUGUUGAGAGUUGUUAGUUUUAUUACGGUUAAAUUUAAUAGCCAUAUUAAACGAUAACAUUAAUAGACAUAUGCUGUUUAAUAUUAUAUUUAAACACGGAUAUACGAAUUAAACUCCAUAAAUGAAUUCGUGAUAUAUAUAUGAUGUACUAGAUGUGCAAUUUUUUUUAUAUAUAUAAAAAAAGAAACGAAAAGUCAUACCGAAUCGGUUCUAAAUCUGAGACAACAGACACAAAAAGGUUACUGAAUUGAAUGCAGACAAACAGUUGAACAACAUCAAAUGAAUCAUUAACACUGCCCGAAUUGUUAAUGCAAGCAUAUUCGAUGCAUUGUGGUGUAACACAACGGUUAAGUUACAAGUGAAAGAAAAACAAACAGUGCUGCUGAUAUUGAAUGGGCUGCUGUUAACAGAAUAGACGUAACAUCAUCGUAUUUUAUUGUACACAUCAUAAACCCAAAAAAGGCGUUAAAUCAUAAAAAUAACGAUAAUUAAACGGCUAUGUUUUCUGACACGAAAAUUGGACACAAUUCGGUUUAGUUUAAUGGUUUCAGUUUCUUUUGAAAAAUAAAUUCGAAGAGACCAAACAAACAGCACGAACAAGAGCCACCAAGAACUCUUUAAGAACAUAUAUAUUCAGAAUAUACUUCCAAUAGUUUUUUUUAUUGAAAGUAUUCCAUCAAGUUUGUGUUUAGUUUUUUCCGUUCGUUCGAGACAAAUACUGUAUCGUUGCCGGUCAUUGUUAUGUGAUUGUGUAUUUAUUGCUUGCAACAAAUUUUAUGGUGAACUAUAAAACGUUUUUAUAGACUAUAUAUUUUAAACGGAGGCAUAUUCAGUUAAUGGGGGACUAAAUUCCUUUUCAAGCAAUAAAAAAAAGUUAAUUGUUUCGUCGACCGAUUUGUUUUCAUUAUUGUAACAAGUGUGAAUAUUGUUUUCGACAAAAAAAAAUUAUUUUGGCGGGCUACAGAAUAUUAUGUGAUGAUUAGUAUAAACAAAAAUUAAUUGAAAGCAAGAAUAAGUUUCGCGUCUCUCAAAUUGGUCCGUGAAUAAAUAUAAUGCCUGCUGGAUGGAGCAAAACAUUUGAAAUAAUAUCGAGCCAAAAACAUUGAAAAUACCAAGUUAAUAUGUGCAAUGUCCAAGUUUUUAUUCGAUAGCAUGCUGCCAAAGUAUCCACAAUUUCAGCCAUUCAUUAGUUCACAAAGUUCGACAUUAACCACAUCAACAUCGGAAGGCAGUCCGUUGACAAGUUCCGAAGGUAGUCCGACAUCGCCACCAACUAGCAAAAUGUAUCCAUAUGUUUCAAAUCAUCCAUCAUCGCACAGUAGUCUGUCGGGAAUGCCAGGAUUUUCCGGCCUGGAGGACAAAUCAUGCAGGUAUGUGAUGUACACAGAUAGCGUAAUGAAUAGUUAUCAAUCCAUGGGGGUUCCACCAUCCGCAAGUUUUGCACAAUUUUAUCAUCAAGCAGCUGCUGCGUCAGCCGUUUCAGCUGCAUCGGCUGGUGUGGUCGGGGUCGAUUCGUUAGGAAAUUGUACACAAUCGUCAACCGGAGUUGUUUCGACUGCCGGUUCGACUGGUGCUGGAUUACCAGACUUGCCGAGAUAUCCUUGGAUGGCGUUAACAGGUGGGCUGGUAGACAAACUUCCUAACCAAAAUUAUUUGAGUAAUGCUGGUUAUAAAGCAGACUGGAUGGGACCUUUCGAUAGAGUUGUGUGCGGAGAUUUUAAUGGUCCAAAUGGUUGUCCGAGAAGGCGAGGCAGGCAAACCUACACACGUUUUCAAACAUUAGAAUUAGAAAAAGAAUUUCAUUUCAAUCAUUACUUAACCCGCCGACGAAGAAUAGAAAUCGCCCACGCUCUCUGUUUAACGGAGAGGCAAAUAAAAAUUUGGUUCCAAAAUCGAAGGAUGAAAUUGAAAAAGGAACUUAGAGCUGUUAAGGAAAUUAAUGAGCAGGCUCGUCGCGAUCGAGAAGAACAAGAAAAAAUGAAGGCCCAAGAAUCAUUGAAGUCCGCCCAGCACAAUAACAAACAUUCACAUCAAGACCAUCCCAUUGUGCCACAAAACACCGGUGGUAAUACACAUUUGCAUCAUGUAGUUCAAAAUGACCUGAAAAUGGGUCUAGCUGGCAUGAGUCUCGGAGUCACUAGCAAUUUAGGUAUGAUGGGCGGUCUUGAUAAAAGUCAUAAUCAGGACAUUUUAAAGACGAAAUGCCGGGAAGGCUUUUAAACUAUUCUAUCCGGAGUUCUUCGCCGGAAACUCCACCCAGAGAUCAUCGACAUCAAAUGUAUGAUGAGGGUCCACUUAAUUACAAUAUUAACCCAAUUAAAUAAUUUCAUUAAAUUUUUUGUUUUAUUUUUUUUUUUAAAUAAAUUUCUUCAUAUGAGAAAAAAAAAAUCGAUGUACGUACUACAAAUUAUAAAAUAUAAACAAAAAUAGAAGAAGAAGAAAAAAAACCAACAAAAAAGUAUUAAUUACGAGUCAGUCGACUGAUAUUUUUACUUUUUUUUCCUUAUUUGAAUGGAAUGAACAUGUUGAUGAAUACGAAUAGAUAUAUAAAAUUGAACGUAUUUCCGUAUUUAUUACUGGUAAAGAAUAUUAAAUGCAUUUUCUAUUGUGGACAUUUGGUAUGAAGAAGACAGAAAGUCUUAUUAAGAUUCAAAUUGAUUGAGAGAAUUAAGUCAGCAGAAUAAAUUUAUUUAAAAAAAACUACAGCAGAAGUAAAAUCUAAUCUAUAAAACUAAAAAUGAAAUAAAUUUAAAAACUAAAGCCGAAAAAAAUGAUUAAAUGUACAAUAUUGAUAAAAAUGAAACAUAAUGACGUAAAAUAAUGAAACAAUAUUUGGAAAUAUAAUUUUCAGCAACCAUUUCACACUUCCCUCCAUUAAAUAAAAUCAAGUAUUUUCCGAGAAUAGAUGUAUUUAAAUAAUAAUUGAAAUUAAUUAAAUAUAAAAGGCAAUAAAUAAUUUGAAUGGAAUAAAAAGAAAUAAAAUUAAAGAAAAACAAAUGGAAGAUGAAGAAGUAAAAGAAAUACUAAGCAGCAAGUUAAAUGAUAAACACAAUUAUAUACGUACUAGAAUGUAAGGUUAUAGCUUUUAACACUAAAUUAAAUUAUAAAAUUAAAAAAAUUAAAAGUAAAACAAAGUAAAGAAAGAAAAAUCGUACUGAAUUGUUUCCAUUUAAAAUUCUUAACAAAAAUGAAAAAAAA